CGGAAGUGCUUGGUAACACGCCCAUGUGAAGUUUACAGGUGUAGUUGUCGCCUAGGAAUGUGAUUUCAAGGGGCAGGGCCGGAAAACUCCUCAUGCACAUUUAAUUAAACUGGACGCAGUGUCUCUGAGUUUGUAAAGUGGAAAAAAGCAUGGCAUCCGAAGCCGUUUAUUCGCACCGAGACCCCAUGCUGAAGAAAAGAGAUGACUUUGAGGACAUUUUGGAGGAGAGGAGGAACUGCAGCGACCUGAGAUACGCUCUCAAAUGUUACACACCUGUCGUUUAUAAAGGACUGACUCCAUGUAAAGCCGGUGUGUUGAAGAACAUGGUGCUGCAGUCGGAUCAGCUGCACUAUGUCAUCAACCAGGUUUCCAAAGAGACGGGUAAAGCUCCUGAAGAUGUUCAGGAGGAGGCGUCGGCCAUAUUGGAGGAGAUGGCCCAUCGAAUGCAGCUCAGCACCGUUCGCUUCUUUGCCUUCACACUCUGUAAAGUCUUCAAGACCUUGUUCAGGAGCAUCUGUGUGAACGAGGAGGGAAUCCAGAGGCUCCAGCAGGCCAUUCAGGAGCAUCCGGUGGUUCUGCUGCCCAGUCACCGUAGUUACAUGGACUUCCUGCUCAUGUCCUACAUCCUGUUCACGUAUGACCUGGCGCUCCCCGUCAUCGCCGCCGGCAUGGAUUUCAUGGGCAUGAAGAUUGUUGGGGAGAUGCUGCGCAUGUCUGGAGCUUUCUUCAUCCGCCGCUCGUUCGGUGGAGAUAAACUGUACUGGGCUGUUUUCUCCGAGUACGUCAAGACCAUCCUGAAGAACGGACUUGCACCUGUAGAAUUUUUCCUCGAGGGAACCAGAAGCAGAACGGCCAAAUCUCUGACUCCAAAGUUAGGUUUGCUGAACAUCGUGAUGGACCCGUUCCUUAAAGGGGAGGUGUUCGACAUCAACGUGGUCCCCGUCAGCAUCAGCUACGAGCGGAUCCUGGAGGAGACGCUUUACGCCCGAGAGCUGCUGGGAGUUCCCAAACCUAAGGAGUCGACGUCGGGUCUGUUCAAAGCCAGGAGGGUCCUCAGCGAAGACUACGGCAGCAUCCAUGUGUACUUUGGUCAACCUGUGUCCGUCAGAAGUUUAGCUGAAGGCAGAGUCAACCGCUGCCAGUUCAACCUGACGCCCAGACACAUACCGAAGCGUCCCAGCGACGACGUCCACAGCUUUGUGAACGCCGCCGCCUACCGCCUGGUUCGGGCCCAGGAGGAGAACAUGGUCCUGAAGCCGUGGGUCCUCCUGGCCUCCCUGCUGCUGCAGAACCACCACCAGGACCUGGACCAGGACCGGGCGGCGGGACCGGAGCGGGGGAUGGGCCUGGACGAGCUGACGGAGGAGGCGUUGUGGCUCAGAGAUGUGUGUCGACAGUACGGAGCCUUCCUCCACUGGCCCGAUCACGUACCUCCAUCUGAGGUGGUUUCCUCCAGUCUGGAUCUGCAUCGAGGUCUGGUCAGGAUCUCAGAGGGAAGAGUUCGUCUGGCGGUCGAACAUGCAGCAGGUCCAUCCGGUCCAGGGGUGCAUCCCGGUGCCGGUCCAGAGGAGCAGCUCCUGAACCAGGCGGUGGUCGUGCUCUCCUGCGCCUCCUACAGGAACCAGGCUCUGCACGUCUUCCUCCGCCCGGCGCUGCUGGCCUCGGCCAUGCACAUCGCAACGUCCAGCAAUAAACAGGAAGUGUUUAACAGCUUCAGCUUCCUGAGGAACAUGUUCUCCAAUGAGUUCAUCCUCUGUCCUGGUGCUACGAUGCAGGACUUUGAGGAGGCGUGUUUCCUGCUGGUGAAGACCGGAGUUCUGCAGAUCACCGAGCAGGAGGUUCUGUCCACCCACAGAGGACACAGGACGCUGGCCUUCCUCACACGAAUGAUGGACCCGUUCCUACAAGGAUACCAGGUGAUCUGUAUGUUCCUGUGUGAAGAGGCCAGUGAGGCUCUGACAGAGAAGACGUUCAUUCCCGCUGUCCGGGGCUUCAUGGUCAAACAGCUCCUCUCAGGUCGACUGAGAUACACCGAGGUGUUGUCGUCCGACCUCCAGAAGAACGCUCUGGCUGCUCUGCUCAGACUGGGCGCCGUGUUGAAAACCAAAGGAGCGGAUCAGACCACUUUAAAGGUCAACAGGGUGAUGGUGAAUUCUCUGGAGGACACUCUGGGAGGGAAACUCCCCACUCAGAAAGCAGCCGUCGCUCGCCUGUGAGACCCCCACCCAGGUGGACUGACGGUGGACUCAUGGUACUGAACCGAUCCACCGUGACGACGCUCCAUCCUCUUCCUGUGAGGGAUGAAACUCCAGCUGCCAUGUGGAUUCACCCCAGUACGAUUCUUCUACUGAACCUUUUGUGUUCCUACAUAAAACCUGAGUGAAGCUCUGGGGGUCUUUGGGGGGCCUUUAGAAGACCAGAUCCAGUCAGGACGGGGGCCGUUCUGCAUUAAUACAUUCGCUGUGUGUCCUGUAAUAAUCCUCAUUUCCUGUUUUUUUUUUUUUUUUAUUAACUAUCAUCACUCCUCUUUCUUGGAGCACUUUAACCUUUUCUUCGGUGUGGACCUAUAUCUUACUGGGUUUUUUUUUUUUUUCUUUAUGGGUUUUUUUGUGUAACUGAGUGGAUACGUGCAUAUUUUCAUACUGAUAAAGCUCAUUUGCAUUUGCACUGUCUGAUAGAUGGAGGCGUCCCUGUGUGUAAUUCAAGGACACAUUAUCGUGGCUCUGUUUCUGGUGCUUGGAUUAACUUCCAUCCACUUUCAGGCCUUUUGCCAAAACUCUGAAGUCACACGGACGAGCAGCACAGUCGUCUUUGUUUACACUGUGGGGAUAAAGC